GUACAAAUUUUACUGAUUGCGAGCGAAGUGCGAACACGAAGUCCGAACAGCGAAUUUGACUGCACCUUCGAGUCUGCGCUGCGCGAUCGAUAAGAAUUGGUAGAUAAAGAUUCAGUUUGCGAGGUCAGAGACGUAUAUGGCUUGCAUAGUACAAGAGGGUGCAAGACGACAGAUUUUUUAGAAUAGUAAAAAUGGAUACUUCUGGUGCUUACGGCGGCGGUAAGGCUGGUGGAGCUUUCGAUCCACAGGCAUUUAUUCAGAAGCCCACAGUGAUCGUCAGGGCGGUAUGUUGGCUGUUCAGCGUGAUUGUAAUGGGAUGUAUAUCAGACAAGGGCUGGUACGUCAAGAAGACUGAUAACGAGGAGUACUGUGUCUACAACGACGAUACUAACGCCUGCAAUUAUGGUGUCGGCAUAUCAGUUAUAGCGUUUAUAGCUUGCGUGGGUUUCAUCGUUGGGGAAUAUCUCUUUGAGCAGAUGUCGUCGGUGAAAACUAGGAAACAUUAUGUUCUUGCAGAUCUGGGCUUCUCUGGGUUCUGGGCUUUCCUGUACUUCGUGGGUUUCUGCUACUUGUCUAACGCCUGGGGCAAGACGGAAUUCCCGCCCAUGGGCACCGCUAACAACAUGCAAGGCGCUAUAGCUUUCUGUUUCUUCUCCAUUUUUGCUUGGGUGGCAUGUGCUUUCUUCGCGUUCCAACGGUUCCGAAUGGGUGCUGAAGCGGCGUUUGCUCCGGCCUACGAGGUAGAAGGCACUGUGGGUAGCCCGGGAGGAUUCCCAGCUUACCCGGGCGCGCCUGACCCCCAGCCCCCAUAUAGCGACCCCCCAUUCUCGCAGCAACAGUCUGGUAACGUCGAGUACACAGCCCCAACCUACUAAGAUCCUUCAAAUCUGUUUGUUUUGCUCGGAGACAGUAAAAAGAUCUCAAAAGAUAUAGUCAAACUAAAAUCUUUAUUUUUUUAUUAAGUUUGAUGAUAUUUAUUAUGCAAUACUUAGUUUAAUUAUAGAUUUAUUUCAUACCAAAGUAUGUUUUACGAAUUUUUAAAAUUGUUUAUCUUUUAAUUAUUGCGAGUAUAACACAAUCAACAUAUUGAAUUUAACCUUACAAAUAUAAAACGUCACAUUGACAGCUUUAAAAGUGACAAGAAAAUUCAAGAUUCAAAUGAAAGUUUUGUAACUGGCAAAAAAUUUAUUUUUUAACACUUAGGUAUUGAUUUUUUUUAACAUAUAUUGAAAGAAUUUUAUUAACUUAUUGAUUUUUGUACCUAUUAGGUAUAUGUAUAUUUGACAAUAUUCCCUUUACACCGUUGUACUAUAAGAUCUAUAUGUAAAUAAAAACUUUAUUCAAUGUAGUGCCAUAGUUGCAUCCGUUGUAAGAUCCUAUAAAUAGAAAAAAAUAUUGUUUUUUGUCUAAAUACAGGAUCUUAGUUCUGAGUGGUUUGCUUUAUUCUAAUACCAAAUAUACUAGAAGUCAAAUUUAAAUUAAUGGACGCGAAGUAUUAAUCUCUAGUCUAUGUACAUUUAUUUUAAAGAUAAUUUAACUAAAGCAGUCUUGUUGCGCUGAACUAAUGUACUCUAUAUAUCAAUAUGUUAUGCAGUGAUGAUAAGAGAAAGGUUGGUUUUUUAAGAAUACAAGAUCAUUAAAAUAUUACCUUGUAAUCAGUUAUACAUAUUAUAUACACAUACAAUAAUCCUUUUGUCUGUUACAAACAUAAAUCAAUGUCCAAUUGUAUGGGCUAUUGACAACUAUAACAUCUAUACUAUUAAACUAAAGUUUUAAUAUCUAUGAUAAAAUAAGUAAAUGUUAGUAUUGUACUAAAUUAAUGCAAUAUUGUAUCAUGUAAGUAGAACUAUAAGUGUGGUCUAAGUAAGGUACAAAGCUGUUUUGAAUCAUUCAUAUAGAAAUAAUGUUGCCAUCUUAAUAUAAGGACAGUAAAUACUGGCCUAUAUGUGUAAGGCUUGAUGUUUUAGCGUUCUAGUAGAAACAUUUCGUGUACAACCAGAUAUUUUUAUUCUGGUUUUAUCUUGAUAUGUAUAUUGUUUGUAUGUUGAAAGUGUAUAAAUGUUUAUAGAGUUUUUCACUUCCAUAGCUUGCACAGUUAUUAGUUUUUUAGUAAAGUAAAAUAUAUUAAAAUGCUUAUCCAUUUGAUCAUAUUUUUGUGUUAAAUGUAUAAAAUAAUAUUCACUAAAUGGCAUUAUAUUAAAUUGUAUUUUCGAAAUGUUACCACGAGAAAAAAUAUCUUUAAUAAAGCUUCUGAGACUUGUUAAUAGAAAAAUAUGUAAGAUGUUGCAUAGAUAGAUAGCUAUUUAUUCAGUAUUAUUAAAAUAGAAAUUGUGCUUGUCGCCUUUGUAUUGUUUAUUUAAAGAUCUGUGCUUUAGACAUUGUUAGAUUAGAUAAUAUAUUAGGUAUUUGAUUUUAACUAAGAGAGUUGGAUAUUAUUUCACAAAUUCAUAAAUAAUUAAAAAUUACGACAUCCUUAUUAUUUAGACUCAAAUUGUAUAAUUUAAUAUGUAAAAACUUCUCUCAAGUCUAAAAAGAAUUCUCACUAAAAAAAAAAUAUUUACUACUGAUUGUACUUAAUUUACGCGAAAGCUAUUCAGUGUCUGUAACAAAAAAUGACUAGCAACUUUGCUUUUGUCACUUUCAUACAAACAGGUUUAAGUUAGUUAAAAUAAACCUCUUUUGACAGUUUUGUAGCGAGUAUCAAAUUUUCCAAAACCUACUACAGUAAGGGGAAGAUAGCUAAAGAAAUUAUUUUUAUUAGAUUGUAAACUUAGAAAUAUAAUUUCUACUUUUCACAGCUGAUCUUGCUGCUAUUGGCAUAAUUUUUGUGUAACGCACAAUAAAAUUUAUCACAAUUUUGAUGGUAAAAAUUAUGUUUCUAUGUUUAGCCUUAUUGUGUAUCUGUUGUAAAUGUAAAUUGAAGAAUAUAGGUAUUGUGAAAA